CUGAUGCCACGCCCACUUUCCGAGGCCACGCCCACUUCCGGUCCCUGGCCCGCAGCAUGGCUGCUCUAGGUGCUCUGCUCUUUAGUGUCCGGAGGCUGCACGGCAGCGCGGCGGCUCGGGCGGGUGGCCAGUGGAGACUCCAGCAGGGCAUGGCUGCCAACCCCUCGGGCUACGGGCCCCUGACGGAGCUCCCAGACUGGUCGUACGCGGAUGGCCGUCCUGCUCCUCCGAUGAAAGGCCAGCUUCGAAGACAAGCCCAAAGAGAAAAAUUUGCAAGACGAGUUGUACUGCUGUCACAGGAAAUGGAUGCUGGAUUACAGGCAUGGCAGCUCAGGCAGCAGGAGAAGUUGCAGGAAGAAGAACAGAAGAAGAAAAAUGCUCUUAAACCUAAAGGGGCUGCUCUGAAGAGCCCACUACCACGUCAAUAAAAAGCAACUCCUAUCUCUUUUUCCCAGCA